GAAUAAUUUUUUAGUAAGUUGAACCGGAAUAAGGAGCCCCAAUGGAUCAAAUAUUUUUGCAACCGUUUGUAAGACUAUUCUUUUUGUCCAGAUUUUGUUUUCUAUUUUUGAAAUUUUAAAACUUAAUUUAUCAGAAUCUACGUCCCAUCUAAUACCUAGAACUUUCAUUUUAGAAAUUUCAUUUUUAUCCCCAAAUUUUUCAUUCACUUUACUGCAAUUAGAGGCGAAUUCGUGCAAUUCCAUUUUGGCUUUUCCGAAAAAUAUAAUACUUUGGUUACAUUUAGCAAUUGCAUCCGAUUCGUCUUUAGCGGUAAUAAAAACGUUGUCCGCGUACGUUUCGAUUUCUAGGUUAUUAUUUUCAUUUUCUAAGUGAUAUUGAAUGACUGCUGCCAUUAAAAAGGGUGCGGAAAUCACUCCAAAUGGAAGUCUCUUAUGACGUAGUUUUAUGAUAUUUUCCAAACUUGGCGGUUCAUUUAGAUUUUUAAGCCAAAGUAAUCGUAAGACAUCGCGGUCCUUUUUAUGGAUUUCAAUUUGAUGGAAGGCCGCUUUAACAUCCGCAAUAAUGGCUAUAUCAUAAGUCCGAAAUUUUAUUAAAGUUGCACAAAGAUCGGGUAAGAGAACCGGGCCCCGAUACAGUUGUUGGUUUAAGCUUUCAUUAUUUUUUGUUUUGCAACUUGCAUCAAUUACCACCCUAAUUUUAUCUUUUUCUGGUCUAUAAAUGGCAUGAUGUGGAAUAUAAUGUAUUUUUUCAGAAUUAUCAUUUUCAACAAUUUCGAGCACUCCCUCAUUUAUUUGCUCUUUGAAUAUUUCAUCAUAUUUUUUAAGUGUUUUUUCUCUCAAUUCUUUAUCUGGGAUUUUUAUAAUUUUUUGCCAAAUGCCUUUUAAACGUUGGAAUGAAAUCCAAAAAUUAUCGGGAAGUGUAUACUCUUUAUUUUUCCAGGGUAGAGAAACUUUGUAACGGCCCAUCUUGUCACGCCUUAUAUUUUUCAGAAAAAGUUCGUAGGCGAUUUUAUCGUCAUUUUGGUAUGGGCAUUCACUAAUUCCUAUCCCCUCAAGAUUCCAAAAAUUUUCAAUAGUUUCAUCCGAAAAUAAUGUAUUCAU